UCGCGGAUAGUAUAGUGGUUGGUUAUACGCGUGUGUGAAUUUGUGUUUGGAUGUGUGUGUCCCCCCCUUACAAAACAUCCGCCAGAACAGGAAGAGGCAGCAGCUGUUAGUGAUCGGCCUCUUCUUAAAGAAGGUCAAGAAACAAGACCCAGGCUUCAGCACGUGAAGGUAAAUUAUCUUCUGUAGAGCUUUUGGUGCCAGCCAGGAUGAUUCUGGCAACAUUAAAAGGCAUUGGGAAGCAGCUUCUGCGGGUGAAGGUUGUGGACUGUAGCACAGAGGACUCCCGCUUGUCCCGAUGCCUCAACACGUUUGACCUGGUGGCCCUGGGCGUCGGCAGUACGCUGGGUGCUGGAGUCUAUGUGCUUGCUGGUGCUGUAGCCAGAGACAGCGCUGGACCUGCCAUCGUUCUCUCCUUCCUCAUUGCUGCUCUUGCCUCAGUCCUGGCUGGUUUGUGCUACGCUGAGUUUGGAGCCCGCGUCCCCAAAACUGGCUCGGCUUACCUCUAUAGCUACGUGACAGUUGGAGAACUGUGGGCCUUUAUCACAGGCUGGAACCUCAUCCUCUCUUAUGUCAUUGGAACUUCAAGUGUGGCCAGAGCAUGGAGCGCAACCUUUGAUGAGCUGAUUGGAAAGCACAUUGAGAUAUUCUGCAGACAGUACAUGACCAUGAAUGCCCCGGGCAUCCUGGCAGAGUAUCCAGACAUAUUUGCUGUCUUCAUCAUACUCACCCUGACAGGGCUGCUUGCAUUUGGAGUGAAGGAGUCAGCCUUGGUAAAUAAAGUGUUCACCUGUAUCAAUGUACUGGUGCUGCUGUUUAUGAUCAUCUCCGGCUUGGUCAAAGGAAGCCUAAAAAACUGGAACUUGAACCCUGAAGAAAUCCUCAAUGGCACCAACAACUCCAGCCUCAAUAUUUCUGAGUCCUUACCAUCAAAAGAAAGUCUCGGUGAAGGCGGCUUCAUGCCUUUUGGCAUAACUGGAGUCCUCUCUGGUGCCGCCACCUGUUUUUAUGCCUUUGUAGGGUUUGACUGCAUUGCCACAACAGGAGAAGAAGUUAAGAAUCCUCAGAGGGCCAUUCCCAUCGGGAUCGUGGCCUCACUCCUCAUUUGUUUUGUGGCAUACUUCGGUGUGUCUGCAGCUCUCACUAUGAUGAUGCCUUACUACAUGUUGGACAAGAACAGCCCUCUACCAGUGGCCUUUAAGUAUGUGGGCUGGGAGGGAGCCACUUAUGCAGUGGCCAUUGGCUCUUUAUGUGCCCUGUCGACCAGCUUACUAGGCUCCAUGUUCCCAAUGCCCAGAGUGAUCUGGGCCAUGGCAGAAGAUGGCCUGCUCUUCAAAUGUUUGGCCAAAAUCAACCCACGAACAAAAACCCCUCUAAUAGCUACAGUAACAUCAGGUGUUGUGGCAGCGGUGAUGGCUUUCCUGUUUGACUUGAAAGACCUGGUUGACCUCAUGUCCAUUGGCACUUUGCUGGCCUACACGCUGGUGGCUGCCUGUGUGCUGGUCCUCAGGUACCAGCCUGAACAGCCCAGUUUGGCCUACGAGAUGGCCAAUACUCAGGAUGAACCUGAACUGGCUGAGACUGAUAACGAGGGGAACAUUGACAUACUACCACAACCAGAGGAUCGCUGCACCAUCAAGAAUCUACUGUUCCCUGCAAAUACAGUACCGUCCCCUCUGUCCGGGUUUGCCGUCAACAUUUGCACCAGUGUAAUUGGUGUUUUGGUGUGUGUCUUCAGUGUUGUGGCUGUUCAAGGAGGGCUGUCAGCAUGGUCAGUGCCUGUCCUCUGUGUUAUCAUGGUGGUCUGUCUGAUUAUCACCUUCAUUGUGGGGAGACAGCCACAAAGCAAGGCCAAGCUUGCCUUCAAGGUUCCCCUGCUGCCCGUAGUCCCAGUCAUUAGUAUGUUCAUCAAUGUCUAUCUGAUGAUGCAGCUCGACAGAGGAACCUGGAUGCGCUUUGCCAUUUGGAUGGUUAUAGGUUUCUUUAUCUACUUUGGUUAUGGAAUUCGCAACAGUUCAGAGGCAGAGUUGAGCAGGUCCGACACCUACACACCAGCCUGCACAAUAAACGGAGAGCCCAUGGUCCCAGAGAAGGAAGCCUUCCUACACAACACACAAAAUGCCAAUGGAGACGACGACGAAGAUUCCUGAGGAAGCAGGAGGUUCAGUAGUACACUCUAGCUCUGUUCCAUUAAACUCUCUGAAAUAGUUGCAGCUAUCUAGGAGAUUUAUUUAUGCACCCUACCAACGAGCGUUGAGUUGUUUUCUUAUUCCGCCCAGAAUUUUUGAUGAAAGUAAAAAAGUAAAUUAGAUGUAAGGCCACGUAAUAACAUUUAAAAAAGUUGAGUCUCCAUACAUUUUAAAAAAAUGUUAUUUGUUGUAUGUUUUGCACUCUGAUAUGACACAUUUCCCUGAGCACGACUAAUUCUGUGAAACUAAAGGCAAAGCACAAAGUAGUUUUAACAAAAGGCAUCUGUUGUACAUAUAUUAACUGUUAAACUGUAUAUUGGUUUGUUAGUCCACAGAAUGAUCAGGAUUAUAAGCCCCAUUCUUUUUUUCUGUAAUUACUUAUUUGAAGUUAUUUUUUAGGAGUUGAGCAUUUAUUACUGCUCUUCUAGAUUGAAAUUGUUCAUGAUUGCAGGAAAGACAUUAAGAAUUACAAAAGCGUUUUGGUAAAAAUGAAUAAGGAUCAUCUCUUAUUCUUUUUUUAAGGUAAAUUUGCAUGCUUUUAGCAGAUAUCCUGAGAAAUGUUUUUUUUUUUUUUAGAUAUUUUUUGGGGCUUUUUAGCCUUUAAUGUAUAGGACAGACAAGCAUGAAGGGGGAAGAGAGAGAGGGAGUGACAUGCAGCAAAGGGCCACAGGCUGGAGUUGAACCCGGGCUGCUGCGGCAGCAGCCUUGUACAUGGUGCGCCUGCUCUGCCACUAAGCCACCAGCGCCCCAAUUUCCUGAGAAAUGUCUGUCAUUCGUCUUGCUGCGUUAGGAGGCACAGUGCUGGCUACUGUGUCCAAGUCCUGUGGGAGCUUAUUUUAAAAAUCCACAUCCCUUUAUUUUACACCUAAAUUAACUGCAUUAAUUAAGAAUCAGCAAAUAUUUCUUCUCAAACUCAGCUGAGAAUUCCACUGUAUCUUCAGUGCCUUUUUGUUGUGUUUGUAUGUUUACCUUAAAGGUACAACUUUGUAUGUUUUGCUCCUGAGAAAAUGUGUUGUGUAGAAAGCACAACUCUGUACCUGUGCUUUACAUUAACAGUAUAACUCAGAAUAAUAUGGUACAGUACAUUGUCAUCAGUAUAUAUCAUUGUGAAAGUGUUUGUCACCCAGCUGAUAGAUGGUUUCCUCAUGGCAAACAGAGAUCAAAUACACAGGUGUUGUCUCCAUCAGGGAACUUUGUGUUUUUAACUAGCCAAAGGAGAAAAGCUGCUAAUGUGAAGUGAAUUAUCAAAUACUUCAGAAAUAUUUUAAGUGCCUACUUCCCAAAUGAAUGUUUCACCUUUGGAGGCAUGAUAUUGCUUCAUCACCAGCUAGAAUUGUGAAAUAUAUAUGUUGUCUGUAUAUAAUGUACACUUUGGAUUUUGAAAAGCGCACAUUUAUAAUAUAUAAGAGAAAUUUCACCUUUAGUGGACCAUUUUCACUUGUUAGUUAACAUACAUCUGAACGGGAUGAUGUACAAUCAGUUGGUGAUAUUAAACACCUGCUGUUUCCAUAGUGAUACAACUCAUUUUUGUUUGACUUGCCAAAAGCCAAUAUCAUAUUGUAUAUUUAGAAACUUACUGCACUGACAGUAACAAUGUACCUCAAGCAGUAAUGUAUCUAAAAGUGCCUCUGCCCGUCAGACAGUAUUUAACAAAUAUGGAAAAGAAAGCUGAUUGUGAUUCCCCAGACAGCUAAAGUCUGAACGCAACGUGUGUUAACUAAAGACUGAAAAUGCAACAAGGUGAACAAUGUUUUUACAAAGUCCCUUUUUUAAUUGAACACUAAGAUGAAAUGUUAUCUCUCUUUUUGCUAUUUAAGUUCCAUUAAGAGAAAAGAGUGUAACUUGAAGCCAAAUUCCGUUUAAUUCAGUUGGACAAAACAAGGUUGCAAUUUAUUGACAGAGUUGCUGUAGCUUUGUAAAUAGACACAGUGUAUGCAACUUUGUUGUAUUUUUAAGAUAUCAAAGCAGCAUUGUCAAUGAGGUUGUGCUGCAGAAAGUGACUGUUUCCCAUCCAUAACUAGCCUUUAUUUAAACUGGUAGAAGUUUGAAUCAGAGGGCCAUUAUCACAUAUGCAUUUUGAUUACAUUACCUGCAUCAUUACCUGUUUUUCCAACAUUUAUUGUCUGUUUUUGGUUAAGUGGUUUUGUAAAUACAGUUUUGAUUGUGCCUAAAGUUACUGCCCAUAUUACAACUUUCACUUGUUUGUCAUAUGACCACACUGCUUUAAUCUAUCCAAUCUUUUGUUGCAAAUGUUGUGUAAAGUAAAUGACUGAUACAAACUGUGCAGUAAAUAACUAUAGUCAGGAUUCAUUCAUGAGGCAAAUUUCAUCUCCCUUGUGGGUUGAAUGUAACACAUUAAGCCCUAGUUUCACUGACAGAUUUCUUUUGUUAUGGAUGUUGUAGUUACAUUAAAUCUUAUACGAGGCUUCAUCUAGAGUUACAUUUUUGUUAGUGACACAUCUGUUUUAUGUAAACAUUUGCAUGCUGCACUAUUUCAAAACCUAAUGAAGCUUGAAAAAAGAUCUAGAUUUUAUUGUAGUAAUGCUAAGUUAUAAAUGUGUUUACAGUGUAUCAGAGUGGUGAAGGUCAGCUACUCAGCAUGUGAUGUCUUGAUAUCGGUUGUGGUUUGUGUAGUUACUGCUGUAAAUAAAUGAUGCCAAAAGUUAAUGCCACAAACUUUGUCUUUAAUUUUUGGGAGGAAAAAAGAUAAAGACAAAAAAAGAGGUGCACACAUCCCACCAACAUGUUAUAUUCAUGGUU